AUGAACCCCGCCGUCACCAACUUGGGUCUCAUGUUGAUCAUGAUGCAAGUGUCCCGCCGCUUGGACCUUGAGGACCCCACCAUUUUGCUUUACGUUAGAAUCGGUUACGCCGCCUGCCAACUUAUCGUGUUUGGUGUCUGCAUGUACGUCAAGUUCAAGAUCAACCAGAAGAACGACUUGACCACGUUGAAGUACGUGGAGCCAGCCAACCCUAUGUCUGGCCAGACCGAGCCUAAGGCCGUGGUCACCACCGUCAAGGAGUACGACUUGAAGCAAAUCGACUCUCAGAUUAAGGGUAUCUUCACCUCGUUGGCUAUGAUGGGUUUCAUGCACUUAUACAUGAAGUACACCAACCCAUUGGUCAUGCAGUCGAUCUCUUCUGUCAAGUCUGCUUUGGAGACCAACAUCGUCAAGAUCCACUUGUUUGGCCAGCCAGCCUCGGGUGACUUGAAGAGACCUUUCAAGGCUGCCCCAGGUCUUCUCCAAGCCUUGCAGGGUGCCUCCGCUGAGGUCAAGACCGACAAGGCCUCCAUCGAUGCUGCUGAGGUGUCUGGUGCUGGUGGUAUUAAGGAAGAU